AUGUUUUGGACUUUAGCUGCAGGAAAAAAUGAUAAAGAUCUUAUGUUGUCUCUGCAUUUGGAGAAUGGUCCACCAACAUUGUCCGAUGUAGUCCCAAUUGUAAUGACUUCUUUUGGAAUAAUGAGAUCUCCUCUAAAAUCAUCAGGAGCACGGAUGAGAACAGUUCCAUCAUCACUAUAU